CACGCAUCGCAGUAGGACUGUGUUGGUGCAAUUCCUGAUCUUACAUUCUCAGUUCCCCAUUCAGUCUCCUUGAGAUCGGCACGAUGGGUGUCCCAGCUCUUUUCCGAUGGCUUACCAAGAAGUAUCCCAAGAUUAUCACGCCCGUGAUCGAGGAACAGCCCUACGAGAUCGAUGGCGUGCAAUAUCCUGUUGACACUACGAAGCCCAACCCAAAUGGCGAGGAGAUGCACAAUCUCUAUCUUGAUUUCAAUGGCAUCGUACAUCCUUGCUCGCAUCCGGAGGACACACCUCCUCCUGCAAAUGAGAGUGAGAUGAUGAUGGCAAUCUUCAAGUAUACCGACCGCGUCGUCAAUAUGGUGCGCCCACGGAGAUUACUCGUGAUCGCUAUUGAUGGAGUUGCUCCACGUGCAAAAAUGAACCAGCAACGCGCGCGCCGUUUCCGAUCAGCGCGAGAUGCAAAAGAGGCGGAUGAGAAGAAAGCGGAAUUCCAAACACUCCUUCGUCAGCAAAAGCAGAGCAGAGGCGAUGAUGACGACGAAGACUCGACAGAACAAGACAUAAUCAAGAAAACAUGGGAUAGUAAUGUCAUUACACCUGGCACGCCUUUCAUGUUCAUUCUUGCUAAGUCCAUUCGAUAUUGGGUUCAGUGGAAACUCAACACUGAUCCGGCCUGGGCGGACCUGAAGGUCGUCAUUUCAGACGCCAGUGUACCAGGUGAAGGUGAGCAUAAGAUCAUGCAGUUCAUCCGUUCUCAGCGUUCGGACCCUGAGUAUGACCCCAAUACUCGGCAUGUCAUGUAUGGACUGGAUGCCGACUUGAUCAUGCUUGCCCUUGCUACUCACGAACCACAUUUCCGUGUCCUUCGAGAAGAUGUCAAUGUCAGAAAUGCCAAAGCCAAAACCUGCAAACUCUGCGGCCAAGAAGGGCAUUAUGCGGAGAACUGCAGGGGCAAUGUUAAGGCCAAGUCCGGCGAGUUCGAUGAAAAGGGAACCACCGAAACACUGAAGCCUUUCAUCUGGCUGAAUGUCCCUAUUUUGCGUGAGUAUCUGGCCGCCGAGAUGUUUGUCCCUGGUCAAGCCUUCCGUUUCGAUCUUGAACGUGCCCUGGAUGACUGGGUUUUCAUGUGUUUCUUUGUCGGCAAUGACUUUCUGCCUCAUCUUCCUAGUCUGGACAUUCAUGAAGAUGGUAUUGACAAACUCAUCGCUAUCUGGAGAGACAAUAACCCCGUCAUGGGCGGCUACCUGACUUGUGACGGAAACGUCGAUCUUGCUCGUGCACAGAUCAUUCUGCAGGGACUUGCCAAACAAGAGGAUGCCAUCUUCAAGCGCAGAAAACAGAACGAUGAUAGGAGAGAGGCUGGCCAACGCCGCCGAGACGAACAAAAUCAGGCUCGUGAAGCUCGGGAGGCUCAACGUGGCCCGAAGAGACGUCGCAGCUCUCCUGAUUAUUCUGUAGGCGGUCGAGGCGAUGGCCGUGCUCCUACUGGACCCGUCGAGACAUUCGAAGCGACAAGCUAUCCAACACUGGACUACAAUGCGAUUGUCAACAGAAGCACCGUGGAUAGAGCAUCCACUACCAACAAAAGUGCAGCUGCUGCCUUGAAGGAGGCAAUGCUUGCCAGAAAGGCGGCAGCGGACACUGCAGCGAAAGAUGGCGUCAACGGCACCGCACAAGCCGCAGAUGCGGGUAACGCAACACCUUCAUCUGCGCUGGGCAAACGCAAAGCCGAUUUGAUGCAAGACGAGCCUGGGGACAACGGCACACCUGGAAGGAACACGCCUAUAGAGAAACCCCCUAACAACGCAAAUCCCGAUGACCCACCACCGGAUACUGUGCGAUUGUGGGAAUCGGGCUACGCCGAACGUUACUAUGAGCAGAAAUUCCACGUUGCGCCUAGUGAUAUCGAAUUUCGUCACAAGGUCGCCAGAGCCUAUGUGGAGGGUCUAUGCUGGGUUCUCCUGUACUACUUUCAAGGCUGUCCGUCCUGGACCUGGUAUUACCCAUACCACUAUGCACCAUUCGCCGCAGAUUUUGUCGACCUUGACAAAAUGACCAUCAAAUUCGAGAAAGGAACGCCUUUCAAACCCUAUGAGCAACUCAUGGGUGUACUGCCAGCUGCAUCAAACCAUGCAAUCCCGCCAGCCUUCCAUCCUUUGAUGACAGACGAAGACUCCGCGAUCGUGGACUUUUAUCCGGAGGAAUUCGAACUCGACGCGAAUGGGAAAAAGCAGUCUUGGAAAGCGAUCGUUCUUCUUCCCUUUAUUGAUGAGAAGAGACUUCUGUCAGCAAUGGCAACCAAAUAUCCCCUGCUUACAGAAGACGAGCACGCCCGGAAUGAACUUGGAAAGGACGCCCUGAUAGUAUCGGAUAAACACCCAUUGUAUGACGACCUUGCGGUGCAGUUCUACUCGAAGAAGUCUAAAGACGGCAAGAAUAACAUGAAGCUAUCAAUGCGCAAGGGUCGCUUGGCAGGGCUUGUCACGAGAGAUGCCGACUUUUUGCCUCACAUGGAUUUGGUCGGGCCGGAGGAAGACAUCAAGUUGGAGCCUGUCGUCGACGAUGACCGGUCAUUGAGGGUCAAUUUUACGAUGCCGCCACCCACACAUGUGCACAAGUCGAUGUUAUUCCCUGGUGUUGUACUCCCCCCAGCUGUGCUUGACAAGGGCGAUUUGGCAAUCCUGCGGUCCAAAGCCAGAAAUUCAGGUCGAGAUUUUGGCGGUGCUCCACUCUACGACAACACAAGACGCGAUCAUCACGAUCAGCAGAACCGAGGAGGACGUAUCAACUAUGCUGCCGAUCGACCGCCUCUUAACGCCGGCCCUCCCAGUAAUACUAACAACCCUUUUGCUGCCUUGCUGGACCCACGCUUUGUGCCGCCACCACCAGGGCGAGGACCGCCACCACCGCCUCCCGUGGCAGGAUAUGGAGGCCAGAAUGGUUACGACCGCUACCAAGCACCUGCCAAUGGAUCUGGCUAUGGCGGAUAUACUAAUGGACGCGGAGGAUACGAUAAUCACCAGAAUCAAGGCCGUGGUGGGCAGGACCAGUAUCACUACGGAGAUCAAGGCCAGGGUCAGUAUCAAGGCAACAACCGACCGUACCAACAGAAUGGUGGUCGUAGCGUCAGUGAUGGACAUCAUCAGGGUCAGGGCCAAGGAUAUGGCUACGGACAAAGAGGUGGCAGCAACGAUCAGGGCUAUGGUCGUCGCUAGUCAACUGUCAUCAAUUCAAGCUCAAAAGCGGCGUUCCAGGAGCGUUGAGCUGAUUUAGGGGUAACCUCGUGGUCAAAGGGCACUGGGACCGGAGCGUUCUCAUACGAGAACAGGCG